CCUCAGUCUUACGUUUACUUAUUCCUUUCAUCAAUUUGAUUUCCGGAUAUUCGAUAACGAACAGAACGAGGCAAACGUGCAGAGCGUUCUGAGCAAGUGAAGCCGAUCGUCGUCAGAGACCACUUUCAGAGAUACCGAGGCACGAUUUCUAGGCUGGACCGACAUACACUUCAACUGAAGCUCUUGCACAUUUCUCACACCCUGCCUCUUUCUCCGAAACUACCACACGAGGAAAAUAAGGAUCACCAAAAAUGCACGUCAAAGGCCGUACAUUCAUCAUCACAGGCGGCGCAUCCGGCCUCGGUCUCGCCACCGCAGAAGACCUGACAAAACAUGGCGCCAACGUAGCAAUCCUCGACAUGAACCCCGAAUCCGGCAACACCGUCGUCCAGAAACUAGGACAAAAGCUCGCAAAAUUCUUCGAAGUGGAUGUCACAGAUUCGGAUUCUCUUAAAUCAGCCAUCGACGGCGCAGCAGAUUGGGCCAAAUCUUCUGGUAAACCUCUCGGAGGACUGGUUCCUGCUGCGGGCGUUGGACUCCCUGGGAAGCUUCUCGAUAAGGACUUGAAUCCGAUUGAGAUGAGCAAGAUUGAUUUCGUGAUUGAUAUCAAUCUGCGAGGAGUGUUGAAUACGAUUCGAUUGACGCUUCCGCAUUUGGCGAGGAACGAACCUUUGGCUCAGGAUGGUGAGAGGGGUGUGAUUGUGAUGGUCUCUUCGUCUUCGGCUUUUGAGGGCCAAGUCGGACAGUUGUCGUAUGCUGCUACGAAGGGAGCGAUCCGCAGUAUGACGCUGGUUUUGGCGAGAGAUUUGGCUGGGAAUGGAAUUCGGGCACUUUCGAUCGCGCCGUCCUUGUUUGAGACGAAUAUGUCGAAGCAGCUUCCGGACAAGGUGCAGACUGCGCUGAAGAGGCAGGCCGAGUAUCCUAAGAGAUUGGGUAAGGCUGAGGAGUUUGCCAUGUUUGUCCGGCAGUGCAUUGAGAACUCGUACAUGAAUGGCGAGUGUUAUCGAUUGGAUGCGGCGACGAGGAUGAGCGCUAGAAUGUAAUUGUAACUGGAAGACAUGGUCAAAGUUCCUUUGCGCCAUAUGUAAAUCAGGCCAACAGUAUGAGCAAUAGGUUUUCAGUAGUCUUCUACGCGAUCAAACUCAACGACAUCAUCGAGCACCCGAG